CCUUGUUCAUGCAAAGAGACUGAAAGCUGAUGGAAGAUUUACUUGACUCAUGUUUUACCUAGUAAUGCAUUUGCUGCAACAACUUCCUCCUCUCAUGCAGGUAUCUGUGAUUAGUGAAUUGGCUGAAAGAAGUACCACCACGUUCGCCAACAGUACUGAUACAAAUUUGGAUGUUAGAGAUGACAUUGCUGUACAUAAAAAUAUUAUGUCUUCAACUGCUUACGGCGUUCAAUUUAUAUAUACUAUACUUAGCACUGUCAAGUAUCACCAUAGAGCAAACGGUAAUGACAUUCCGCUCACAAUGGCUUGAGUUACCAUUUAAAGUUAAAAACAUUCAAGUGAGUCGUUACCUGCACCGCAAGUCCAGUGCACAAGAAUAUGCAUUCAGUAAUCACAAAAUAUCUGUUUCGCACCUCCUCCUAAUUUACUAUCUAAGCAACUGCAUUUGCGCUGCAACAUUGCCACCUGUAAUCCGUUUAGGUUGCGUUAUGCGAAAUGGCCAACUCCCAUACACUCCUCUCCAAGCUUCGUGUUGCACCAAAACUAUUAGCAACAUUUCGGAUAGCUAUGAAACUGAAUGUCCAAAAUUCAUAGCUUUAUGCGUAAACUAGCAUUGCGAAAGUUUUGUUAAAACUACGUUUGCCAGACGGUCUGAUUUUAUCAGUACAGUACUGAUUUUUCAACUCUUGUACUGAUUUUAUUCAUUUCU